AUGGCGCCGCCUGCGGGCGGGACGGUGGCGGCCUCGGACCCGGGUCCGGCCGCGCCCGAACGGCCCGAGCGCUUCCGGCUGGAGCUGCUGGGCGCGGGGCCCGGGGCGGUCAGUUUGGAGUGGCCCUUGGAGGCAGUUUCCUACAUCGUCCGAGGCCCCAGCCAUCAUGAGCUGCAUCCUCCACCAGGAGGGCCCGGAACCCUCAGCUUGCACUUCCUCAACCCUCAGGAAGCUCAGCGGUGGGCAGCCCUGGUCCGAGGUGCCACCGUGGAGGGACAGAAUGGCAGUGGCAACCCGCCCCCAGCCCUGGGCCCAGAAACAUGCCCUGUUUCCCUGCCCAGUCUCCCUGAAGCCCCCAUACCCAAAGCCCCCCAGCCUGAAGUGGAUCUUCCCCGGAGUCCUGGAGACUUCAUGGAGAAGGAAGAGCUGGCAGGGCGCCUGGCCCGGGCUAUUGCGGAUGGGGACGAGAAGGGGGCAGCCCAAGCAGCAGCCAUCCUGGCUCAGCAUCACACAGCCCUCAGUGUCUGCCUCCAGGAGGCCUGCUUCCCACCUGGUCCUAUCAGGCUGCAUGUCACAGUUGAAGACGCCGCAUCUGCUGCCUCCGCUGCAUGCUCUGCCCACGUCACACUGCUGGUCUACCCCCACUGCACCAUCGCAGCCCUCCAGGAGCAGGUGUUCUCGGAGUUUGGAUUCCCUCCAGUUGUGCAGCGCUGGGUCAUUGGGCGGUGCCUGUGUGUCCCAGAGCGUAGCCUCGCGUCCUACGGGGUCCAGCAAGAUGGGGACCCUGCUUUCCUUUACCUGCUCUCAGCCCCUCGAGAAGCUGCAGGACGCAGCUCUCAGCGCCUCCAGAAGAUGGAUGGGGAACUAGGACGCUUACUUCCCUCGUCAUUGGGGCCACCCCGAGCCCCCCAGCCAGCCAGCUCCAGCCUCCCCAGCCCCCUUCAGCCCGGCUGGCCCUGUCCUUCCUGCACCUUCAUCAAUGCCCCAAGUCGCCCUGGCUGUGAGAUGUGUAGCACCCAGAGGCCCUGUGCUUGGGACUCCCUUCCUGCAGCUUCCACCUAGAAGCCACCAGAGGUUACAAGGAGAGAACAUGGUCCUUCCCUCCCAGCCCAAAGUCCUGGAUCCUAACUGAACCUCAGGGAGCCUCUGCUGACUGUCUGCUGAGGACAGAGCCACCAGGAUUGAGAGGGAGGGGCCACGAGCCAGUCAUUAAAGGCAUUUAUGAGCCA